AUGGUGUUGUCUCCCGGCCGUGUCAGUCUCGAUAGUCCUAAACUCGGUAAGCUUCGAGUCUUAGCUAUGGCCGCCAAAAGGAGUCCGAAGCGCCUCAAAUACUCUGCUCCUCGAUUGUCCAAGGUGGAUGAUUUGGUGUACGUGGAAGUUGAUCCGUCGGCAACAGAAAACUGGAAACUCGAACCUGUAAUUGAACUUUUAAACCAAGGAGCAGUUGGUGUUAUCCCGACUGAUACAAUGUAUGCAAUAGUUUGUCAUUUGAAAACCCAUUCAGCCAUCGAACGUCUUCGUAGGUAG